CUCUCCAUCCGUGCCUCAGGCCCGUCCCGUCUGCUCAAGAAGCUUGCGCCUCGUAGCUACCUGGCUGGGACGAGGAAUACGCCCAAUUUCAGGCUUUCGGACCACUCUCACGAUCUCACAUAACGCUCACGACCCUGCAUUGACGCCCCAUAUCUCCAUUAGCUAUCGACAUGUCGACUUCCACAGAGACCACUCUCUCUUCACUUCUAUCCUCGUCGCCAUAUCUCCUUGCUUAUGCCCUACCUUUGCUGUUCUUGUCGCUCCUGCUCACGUUCGCUGGUGCUUUCCUCACGCUUGAUCGUACGCGCGCCUUUGCCCCGCGUUAUGACGCGCUCCACUCGCCGGAGACGACCAAGGUCCAACACGCGGAGGCGGUCGUGAAGCGUAUAUUCAGGCUGGAAGGUGGUAUCGGAGGCAUUGCAGUGGGCUACGUCUUCGGAGUGCACUUCACUACUUUCCUGUCCCUCCUCAUUCCGAACGUCACCUCCGACUCCCCGCUGACCCCUGGGGCGUUUGUUGCCGUAUGGAUGCUUUCUGGUAUCAUCUGCGCCAUUGUUGCCGCUCGGUGGAAACACGCGGCGCUUGGCUUCGCCGGCCUGUCUGGAUAUUCCACCCUCGCGCUAGCACUCGCUGUCAUUGUGCAUCCAUCGCUCCUUACGCGCCAUGUCCUCGUCGCCGUAUUCAUGCCCAUUGGACUUCUCAUGUGCCUUCUGCCGAUUGCCCGUACCCAACACGUCUUCGUGCGCGUCGGUAUGGCGUCGGCGGGUUCUUUCGGCACCAUCCUGGCUAUCGCGCUUCUAGCGCACCUUUCCGCCUGGUCUGACGUCUGGGGGAGGUUGUGGAUUCACGACGGCAGCGAAUGGGGCACGGCAAAGGAGAAGGGCCUCAGCGCGGCUUUCUGCCUGUUCUUGGUAGUCGGCACUGCGAGUGACUGGUUCCUUAAAGUCAAGCUUGGAGAGAAUCCCGACGAGAAAUGGGACAGCUACCUCGCCGAAUACGCAUCGACCCUACCCAACGCAUCUGACCGCGCCGGCACGUUCCAACCGCUCCAAUCCUUCUGGGCGCGUCACUUCGGCCACGGCGGCACGGAUCCUAUCCACAAGGAUAUCAUUUUCCCCGCGGACGUCGACCUCAAGCGUCCCAUCCCCGACUCUCCCCUGAAGCUGUACAAGAAGACCUCGUUUGCACGCCCCCAUUCACCGACUCAGUCGCCGCGACGGUUCACACCGCCUCAAGAACUUUUGCGGAAGGAUCGCAAGCCGGUGCUGGCGAGAGGCCGAACGCGGGAACUCGUCAAGUUUGAUCCUCUUGACCCGUAUACGCUGUCAGACUCGGACGACGACGAUGACCUCAAGAAAGCGGUACCCGCGUUUGUACGCUCCCCGACUAGGACCGACUCUAUGGCGACUUUCACGAACGACGGGCCUGUACCUGUCAAGGGUCAAGAGGGAGCGCGCCGAGUCAGGCUCGACACGCUUUCAGACGACGAGGAAGACGUGACAUCAGGUGUGGCACACGAGCGGACGGUUGCUCAUAACGGAAAGAAUUGGUCCCCCGACUUCAUCCGGCGGCAUAGUCAACGGCAGCUUGGUCACAAGCAGUCGACGGCGGGUUUCUCGCAGGCGGCCUCUAGCAACGGAACAGGCUCAUCGGCUACACUCGCGCCUGCUACGUUCGUGCCUCUUCCAGCGACACCAUCGUUGAUAAAGGCUGUCGAACGCGUGAACGCCGCCCAGCAGGAGGCGUUCGCCAGCCAGGCUGCCCGCUCGACGGACGGGCUUCCCAUGCCCUCACCACUGGCCAGCGCUGGUCCGACACCACCUCAAGGGCAUGCGCAGGGGCGUCAUUGGGACUCAUUCUGGCAUGAAGUGAAGACGAAGGCUGGCCAUGGCUUUCAUCAUCGGCAGGAUAUAGGUGGAGAGAUGCGAGACGACUCUGGCUCUGGUUCGAAGCGGUAGCUCUAAUGACUUGAUACGACCUCUAAUGAUUUACGACCUUGUUACGACUUGUGCUUGUAGCCUCUCCUGUACUGUUUGCUGCUGACUUAUUCCUAGUGGUUAUGUUUUUGCGCCUCGGAUUUUCGAGCUCGCCAUAGUGCUUUCGAUUCAUCGAUUUAUCGGCUCGAUAUAUGCGCCACUUGUUAUGUUCCGAAUUCG